AUGUUCGUAAACACCACAAAACCUAAAACGGCGGUCCCCGGUUUCGCUUGUUCACCCAUCUAUUCAUCUGCUGCUACACUACUUCCCUACUUCCACGCCGGCCACCGCCCGACGAAUCCUGAUGUUCACAGAGCUGCUUGGAAUUAUUUGAAGAGUGUGAUUUGGUGUGAUGAUGUAGUCGGUGGAUGGUGUGCUUGUUCCGGGAGGGGGGGGGGUGGUGAUAGAGGUGUAGAAGGGAAAAUCAUUGCAGCAAAAUAUGCACGUGAGAACAAUAUACCCUACCUUAGCAUUUGUUUAGGAAUGAAAAUUGCUGUCAUAGAGUAUGCCAGAUCUGUUCUUGGUCUUGAAAAUGCAAAUAGCACCGAAUUCGAUCUAAAUACUAAAAAUCCUUGUGUCAUAUUUAUCCCCAAGGGUUCAAAAACUCAUAUGGGUGGUGCCAUGCGCCUUGGAUCGAGAAGGACAUAUUUUCAAGUAAUGGACUCUAAAGCUUCAUAG